UCUACUUUCGCAUCGGCAUCCGCUGCAAUUGUCGAUGCGCGAACCCUCAUCUGACGCCAUACGCUCUUUCCGACGUCAAUUGUCCAAUCGCUCAGUCGGUUGCGGUCAGCUCGAGCGCUGCGCCGAGUUGAUGCCUUAUUCGAUCCCUGCAUCGCCUCGUUGCAGCCUACACUAGUUUCGCCACAAUCAGUGUCUCAACGUCAGCCGCUUCAAGACUCUACUGUCCACGGGUGUAUUUAAGUCGCCUGAGAGCGCGUCUCUUUCGUGUUUUUCAUCGACGCGUCUGAUUCCAUAAUCGCGACUGGCUCUCCCAAUCAACUCUAUUAUAAUUGAUCAUAACCACAAUGUCUGCGACACAGAGCAUCCAGAUUGCAGCGGCCACAGGCAGAUACUCCAAGCGCAAGAGAGCCCAAGUCAACUACUACGAGGAAGAUGCAGCCGAGGUAGAGUACGAAAAGGGGAACCAGUCCCAAGUGGAGUACUCGCUACCUAAGAAGCGCAGGUCCGCACCCUCUUCCAAGCCUCUUCCAAAGCGCAAGAUCUUUCCGUUUCUCCAGCUACCAGCGGAGAUAAGGAAUAUCAUAUACGAAAAUUGCCUCUCCGACCCAGCGGGCAUCUAUCUCGAGGCAACGACAAAGAAGUAUCGUCGGACUGUCCAGCGUUGCCCAGAAGAUCGCUUUCGUUAUUUUCCGGCCAUGCCUGAUAGCGACGAUGGAGCGAGUGACUCCGGUGAUGAAGAGAAGGGACCUAGGAAGGAGUCUAGGCCAGGGAUGCGCCGUCUUGUACCAUCGCUCCUUGCGGUGUGCAAACAAAUCAAUCAAGAAGGCCGCGACAUUCUUUACGGGAAUCACUUCUACCUGGCCGAUACCUUGGCGAUGCACUCAUUUCUUGUCGAUCUGACACCGCGCGGGGCGUCGUUGCUGAAGCAAAUCACCCUCAUCUGUUGGGGCCAAGGCCGUGGCAUCCACAAGGCAUACAAUCAUGCUGGGUUCGCCGCUCUGGCGUCUGCGACCAAUCUGGAGAAGUUCAAAGUGCACGGAUAUCGCGGGUGGAGCGCUGAUUCGAAAUCCGUGGCGAGGACGUUCUAUCGCGACGCAUUUCCUUGGUUGGAAGCCGUUGGAGCCGCUAAAGGGAAGCUCGAUGCAGCCGUCGAUAUCAUUGAGGUGGCAUGCAACAGCUUCACAGGACAGCCAAUCUGGUGGUUGAACACUCAGCGCAACGGUUCUGGAAUGUACAAGGACAUGGAUGGAUUCCGAGCAGAGCUCAACAACCUUUUGGGCGGCCGCAUGAAGAUGAUCAAGUCUAGGCCGCGUUAGGAGAGCGGCGGCUGUCCAAUUCCAGAGGCGUUUGAUUCGUUUCUAUCAAUGAUUUCCGUCCCAGGAUGAAUGGCGCGAACAGGGGGCGUAUGCGGUAUAUCACAAAUUGUUUUAAGGAGCUCAGGUUGAUCUUCAGCUUCGAAUAGCAGAUUUAGCGAGUAUGUAUCGUGGGUUUAGGGACUAUCUGCGAUAAGUCUGUCCUUUUGCUGCCCUUUUCGUGUCACUUCCUAAUAUUCACACUGCCGGACUCUCCCACCUUCUCUCCCAUUCGCGC